GUUUUCGUACCGAAUGGCGCUUUCGUUUCUUUCGCAAAAUUCCGGCCUCUUGGAUUUACAAAGCAUAUUUGAUCCACAAUAUUCAUUGCAACAACAUCAACAACAACAACAGCAGCUACAUUUAACAUCACAACAACAACAACAAUCAUCACAACAACGCACUUCAACAAAAUUCGAUUUAAGCAUCUUUAACGACUUUGACCAAAUGGAAUUCAAUAACAAUUUGAGUCGAAACCAUAAUCAAUUUCAAAAUAAUAAUAAUAGUAUAAAUAAUAAUAACAGUAACCACAAUUCAACUACCACCAACAACAAUAACAACACCAUACAUACGCACCAGACCAACGGUGAAAAUCUGAAUCAGGUCCAAAAUCGUCAUUUUAUCAGCGGCUAUCAUCAUCAGCAUAUUGGAUCGGAUUAUGAGCAAGUGAUUAACUUUGUUGACUCACCACCGAAUUCUGAGGAAUCUUGGACAGACGCACAGUCCAAGGAAUCGCCAGGACCCCAAAUAAUCGACGUUAGAACAAUUUACUCCAACAGUGGUUCACGCAAAAGACGAAUGGAUUGGGACUCAUUAGAUAUCGGUCAAAGUGAAAAUUCGCCGACAACACAAUCUGGCGACUUACCCAAUAAAGUGCAACAGCACGAGAAGGAUAAACACAAGAGAGAGAAGCAUUCAGGUCGCAGCAGCUGGAGCGACGACAUAGGCUUCGAUUUGAACGCAGAGUUUAAUAGCAACUCAUAUUUGAACAAUGAGAACUUUUUAUCGUUCUCCCCGAGCCUGACGGCUCUCAAACAGGAGCCGCAAACGGAGCAGCUCAAGCCAAGUCCCAAGGAUCAAAGCACUGGCAAUUCCGCUGCUGCUGCUGCUGCUGUGGUAAACAUUGGCAAGAUCGACAAAUCGCCAUUGGGCGAUGCCAAUCAUUCGCCACAGCGUGCUCAGGACACAGCAACGGGGGCAACGGGCAAACAUGAGUUGAACUCGGUCAAUAUUUGUGGCUGUGGCUCGCCGCAGGGUUCGCCAGCCGCAACGGACUUUGAACUGAAUUGCAAUGCCAAUGGAAAUGGAAAUGGCGCCGAGAAAGGCAAAUCGGCAGCUGGCAUUGAGGCCUAUGCACAGGCGUCACGCUCGGGAUUGCAGCAGCAGCUGAGCGUUGUCGAGGAGGCCAAGAUAGAGCCAUCCUCAUCGGGCGGUGCCGCACGUGCAGAGGAUAACAAAUUCCAGUACAUUUUGGCAGCGGCCACCUCGAUUGCAACAAAGAACAAUGAGGAGACUUUGACCUAUCUGAAUCAGGGUCAAAGCUAUGAGAUCAAAUUGAAGAAAAUUGGAGAUUUAUCGUUCUAUCGUGAUAAGAUUUUGAAGAGCGUUAUCAAAAUCUGUUUCCAUGAGCGUCGAUUGCAGUUCAUGGAACGUGAGCAGAUGCAACAAUGGCAACAAUCACGUCCUGGCGAUCGCAUCAUUGAAGUGGAUGUUCCGCUCUCAUACGGCUUGUGUCAUGUGUCUCAGCCAUUGAGCUCGAAUUCAUUGAAUACGGUGGAGAUCUUCUGGGAUCCAUUGAAGGAGGUCGGUGUUUACAUCAAGGUCAAUUGCAUAUCAACUGAAUUUACACCAAAGAAGCACGGUGGCGAAAAGGGUGUUCCAUUUCGACUACAGAUUGAAACUUAUAUAGAAAAUUCGACGGCAAGCAGUGGUGGCAACAACAACAACAACAGCAGCAGCAGCUCGAGCAGCAGCAGCAGCACCAGCAGCAAUAGCAACAGCAGCAGCAACAACAACAAUGGCAGUACAACAACUAGCAACAACAACAACAACAACACUAACAACUUAACAAUCACUUCACCCGGCACACCCGACAAUCGUGCGGCGGGAAUUGGUGGCAAUGGCGGCGGUGGCAGCAGCGGCAACAUUGCCGCACUUGCCGCACUCAACGGCAAACAGGCGGUGCAUGCAGCUGCCUGUCAGAUUAAGGUAUUCAAGCUGAAGGGCGCCGAUCGCAAGCAUAAGCAAGAUCGCGAAAAGAUCCAAAAGCGUCCACAGGCCGAGCAGGAGAAAUUCCAGCCCAGCUACGAGUGCACCAUCAUGAAUGAUAUAUCAUUGGAUCUGGUAACGCCAGCGACCACAACAACCGGCUGCUACAGUCCCGAAUAUAUGAAAUUGUGGCCAAAUUCGCCGGUUCAUAUACCAAAAUACGAUGGAAUGCUGCCAUUUGCGAGCAGCGCAUCACCGGCGACCAGCAGCAGUCCAAUUGCAAUCAAUUCAGUGACAUCAACAAAUUCGCCAACAUUGAAACUAAUGGAUGCCACAAACAUGGUAUCGCCGCAGCAUAUGCCAGCGGAUAUGGAUGAUUACAAUCAGAACAUAAUGCCGGAAUCGAUGCCAGCACAAGUGACACAAUGGCUGACCCAACAUCGUCUGACGGCCUAUCUCACCACUUUUGCCCACUUCUCGGGCGCCGAUAUUUUGCGCAUGUCCAAGGAGGAUCUGAUACAAAUAUGUGGACUAGCCGAUGGCAUACGCAUGUAUAAUAUUCUGCGCGCUAAAACAAUUGCACCACGUCUGACUCUCUAUGCCAGCAUGGAUGGCUGCAGCUUCAAUGCCAUCUAUUUGCUCUCCAACACGGCCAAGGAGCUGCAGCAGAAGCUUUACAAGUUACCUGGUUUCUACGAGUUCAUGGCCAAGGGCGGCUCCGCUGGAGGUAUGGAGAAUGGAGGCGUGGCAGCUGCCGCUGCGCUCUACAACAAUUGGGGCAUGCAUUCAAAGUUCUCCGGCAGCGGGUCGAACAUCUUCAAUGAGGUGAACAAGAGUUGUGUGUACAUUUCGGGACCGUCUGGCGUUCAUGUUAGUGUCACCGAUGAGGUGCUUAACAAUGAGAUCAAGGAUGGCAGCCUCUAUGCAUUGGAUGUGCAGGCGGGCAAAGUUGUAUUGAAAUUGAUCAAUAAGCAGGAUAAUAAUUGAACAAACAACAAAUAUGCUUAGUUGUAGAAUUGCCUUUGUUAAAGUUUGUCUAGAGAAUGUGAAUGAAUGAAAACAGAAUUCAAAUGAAAAGUAUAGUUUUUAGCAUUUAAUCACUAAACUAACUAUUCAAUAUUUUACGAAUAACACACACGUAUUACAAUUACACAUCAGAUAUAUACAUAUAGAUCAUAUAUGAUAUCAUUUUCUAUGUAAGUUUCAAUUUGUAGGAGAUUUCGCGCAGCAAUUUUGAGCAAGUUAUAACAGAAAAAAGAUCACCUUCUCUCCCCUUAAAUAAUAUGAUUUCGAUAUUGGAAAUGCUUUUAUUUUCUUUUAUCAGUUUCUCCCCGUUUGUUUAUUUGCUAUUUUCAUCCAUUAUCUCCCAUUUCCAUUCCAUUUUUUUUUGCAUAGCAUUCUGUUCUUAAUUUUAUUUUUUUCGUAUCUAAUGCUGUAUGUUUUAUGUAUUUAAGUUCUUAUUAUUUUAUUUUCUAACAUCAUGCACCUACGUAAAUAACGUUUAUAUAUUUGUUUCAAUAUAUAUAUUAUCACAUAAACACCGCAACACGAUAUCCGUAUGAAACAGUUGCAAAACAUUUGAAGUAGAAAAAAUUAAAGAAAAUACCACAAAAAAAAACAAAAAAAAAUAUUAAAAACCUAAAAAAAAAUAUAUAUAAAUUUAGAAUAUGUUUAUAAUAUAAACCACACAACAAAAGAAAAUACAAACCAACAAAAAGAAAUUAUGAUUACCACAUUCAAAGUACAGUACCACGAUAAAUCGAACAACAACAACGAAUGUCGGAUGAGAGUUCAGCUAACAACCAAACAACAUCUAUUGUUUUUACUUAUCCAGCUUGUCUAUUGUAUGUGAUAGAAGCAAUAAAGUGUUAUCCAAGAGUGGACUGUCAAAAAAAGAAAAA